AUGUCUGAUCUCAAGCGUCCGGCGUCGCCACAUCCUGAGCAGCGACCGUCGAAAGUGCUCAACACGUCUGAUCAGCCCACCGUCGAAGCGAUAGCCGUAUCGAGUGCUGUAGCGGAUACAGUCAAGACGGCGGAUCCCAAGAGCGUCCCAAGUAGAUCACUGUUGAUCAAAAGGCUCAACGAGAACGCACGAUUGCCCACAAGAGGUUCAGCAUUGGCUGCUGGAUAUGAUCUUUACAGUGGUGAAGAUACGACUAUUCCGGCGGGAGGGAAGGCACUAGUGAAUACCCACAUCUCCCUUGCCGUUCCAGAAGGAACCUAUGGACGAGUAGCGCCGAGGAGUGGUCUCGCCUCGAAACAUAUGAUUGCUACAGGUGCAGGUGUCGUAGAUGCAGACUACCGUGGCCCCCUAUUCAUCCUUUUGUUCAACCAUGGCGAGAAAGAGUUCAAGAUCUCUAUUGGAGAUCGUAUCGCCCAGUUAAUUCUGGAAAAGAUUGAGACACCUCCUGUAGUUGAGGUCCAGGAUUUAGAAGAGACGUUGCGAGGAGCCGGAGGCUUCGGUUCUACUGGUCUCUAG